GGAGAGAUACGGGCGGUGUACCGCUGCAUCUUUCUGCGACUCGCGUGUGUUUUUUCCUUCGCGGCCGAGGUAGCCGCAGACCACUUUUUGGUUACCAUAGCCGUUGAUCCUCGCAGCGAUCAGCGGCGACUGUCUUCGUUGUGCCAGUCAGUCAAGUCGAACUGGUAGCGAUCAUCGGGGGCGCUGUUGUUCUUGCUGCCGUCGCGCAGUCCAGUGGACUCUGACACGGAACGGAAACUGUCUGGCAUACGGCAUACCCAUAGGCAGAUCCACACACACACAGAGAGAGAGAGAGAGAGAGAGAGAGAGAGAGAGAGAGAGAGAGAGAGAGAGAGAGAGAGAGAGGUGGACUGAAGGGGAAGGUAGAGCAAGGAAAGGGAGGAGGAAGAGAUGAAUAGAGGGGAGGAAGACAAGGAUGGUGAGAGGACGGAGGAGGAGGAGUUCAGCACGGGUCCGCUUUCUGUCUUAACGAUGAGCGUGAGGAAUAACACUCAGGUGUUGAUCAACUGUCGAAAUAACCGGAAACUUCUUGGUCGUGUGAAAGCGUUCGACAGGCAUUGCAACAUGGUGCUUGAGAAUGUGAAAGAGAUGUGGACGGAGGUACCCAAGACUGGGAGAGGCAAGAAGAGGGCAAAGCCAGUCAACAAGGAUCGCUUUAUAAGCAAGAUGUUUCUUCGCGGGGAUUCAGUCAUCAUCGUCCUGAGGAACCCAAAAUAAUCUGGCCCGGCAAGGAAAGGUGAGCGAAUGUCCAAGCCUCUAUGUCGAGUUUCUCUGUGACUCUGAGCUGCAGAGCGUCCGCCUUUUUCUGUGACGUGACAGUGGGAUCAUUCGAAAUGGAAAGGAGUUCCCAGCAGAGUGGUUGGGCAGACAAUCAAGUGGAAGAUAGAGCGACGAGUAAUGGUGUCGAUUAUGAAAGGGAACAUGGGCAAGUGUCUGAAGAAGUGUGUCGCGACAGUAAUGGUGUCGGGUGUGAAAAGAAGGAUGUAGGUAGAAGGCACUCUUCACCUAACAGGAGACUCUGUGCAUGCCAUUCAUGGUGUGAACGACUCACAUCUACUCGCAUGGGUUGCGUAUGAUGAGUUGCUCACAGAGAUGUCUGACCUGCGGGGAGACACAGAAAUGCACAGAGACACACAGAGAGAGGGAGAGAGAGAGAGAGAGAGGUGAAAGGAGGAUAUAGAGAGUCAGAAAGGGCGUCGAGAAGGAGAAUGGCAGCUAGAAAGCAUGUUUGCUCACGAGAUAGAGAUAUGGGAAGAGGUGGGGUGUUAGAAAUGAGGCAGGAAGAGGACGGUGCUGCAGAGAAGUGUGUGAGUGCUGGUGCAAAAAGAGCAGCGACGUGUGUGUGUGUGUGUGUGUGUGUGUGUGUGUGUGAGAGAGAGAGAGAGAAAGAGAGAGAGAGAGAGAGAGAGAGAGAGAGAGAGAGAGAGAUGAUGGAGCCUGUGCUUGGAUUACGUUGUUAAAGAUUACGAGGGAAGAGAAUAGAUUUUGGAGGGUGGUGAAAUCUUCUUCUUUUUUUUUUUUGAUCUUUUUAAAUAACUCCAUGGAUUGCCUAGUAUUCUUCUUUGAUCAUUGGACAAGAAAGGCUUGUCUGCACACAAGCCUUUUACCCAUUGCCAGAUUGUGGCAAUGGCUUGUAUUCUCUUAUUGCAGAUGUUCAGGGUGAGUGAACCUCGCAUGUGUUCCUGGAUGGAUGUUGGGCACAAGUAUCCCGAGGACAUAAUGGAGGAGGGUAUGGUGGCACUAUGCGAGUGUGCGAAGGCAGGUAGAGAAGAUGGUGGGGCAAGGUGAGACAUGAUGUGCACUGCAAACUGAAAGAAAUCAUAGGAGACAUCAAAACUUGAGAUACCUUAAGAAAGGUGUCUUCUCUGCGGAGUGAAAAUGGAACAACUCUACUUUUUUCUUUUUCUGUCUCGGGAUUCUGCAAUUGCGACUCAUCAAGGAGGAGGAGGAGGAGGAGGAGGAGGAGGUGUCUGCAUGACAGGGAAUGGGGGGUGGAAGAAUAGAGGCGGCUGCCGGUCAGGUUAUUAGCUUCGACGACCCGUUGAUGUCACACAGCAUAUGCUUUCGUUUGGUGAGACUAUCUUCUUUCCAUGUUUCCAUCCAAUACUUGGCUUCUGCAUCCCGUUGUUGCACGUUUCUUUGUUGCACGUUUCUGUGUUGUCAUGGCAGUGUUAUUACUCUAUUACUCUCUCUUUGGUGCUACUGGCAUGGUAAUUAGGUAGGUGAUGAAUGAAUACAGAAGGCUUGAAAGCCAUGUUUGUGCUGAUGCUUGUGUUGCUGUGUUUGGCAGCGAAGUGUAACCUUUGGCUGUCGCGAGUGGUCAGUUGUGUAAGUGGCAUCUGUAUUGUUCGCGAUUGCACACAGAAGAUGACUGUGCCCGUUCAAUUGGCCUGCGCAAUUUACAGCAUGCCCAACUGCCAUUUCUCCUAGGCUACUGUCUAUACGCUGGAUAUUGCGGUUUCUCGUGAGGAAGAGGCUCUGUUGUUGUUGUUGAAUCAUCCAGCAACAAAUUCCUGUGAUAAAA